GGAAAAGGGGCCAGGCAGCAUCGCCCCGUCCAACGCAUCAAUAGGCGAAGCGAGAGGGAACGUAAGGUCAACGUCCUGUUGUAAAGUACUUAAGCCUUCUUUCUUUUAUUUGGUCUUGACGCUGCUAGGCACCGAGUGGCCACCAGAGGGAGCCAAAGAAGCGCAGAGCUAGCCUCAAAGGACCCUCUAAGAACAGCGGUGGGGCCAACGCAGCGCAGGCCAUGGGAAGUUCCGUGGGAAAGGGAGAGGUGGAAGCCAUAGAAUAAGACUUGAACAGGAGGAUAAAGCAAGAGGCCUCAUUGGACGUUCGCCCUCUUACUAAUAGUGUACAUGGAGUAUUUUAAGAAGCCGCUCCUUCUUAGCUGUUUGAAAGUCAGACCUCUUCUUACAGAAUUUAUACAUUGCUUAUACGGGCUGUGUGGAUGCUGUCAAAAAACUGCGAGCAUUCAAGGUUCCAAGCAUGGUGCAAAAAAAAGAGAUUACACCACUAUCAGUGAGGAAUCAAAAGUUUUGGCUCAGAAGGCACUGGAAAUCUGUCGUUCAGGGAAAAAAACGGGAAACUGGAAACAAGUAAUUGAGACACUUGUAAAGAAAAACAAUAUUAUCAUUUUCAGUAACACAACCUGCAGCAAGUGUUCCAAGGUGAAGGAGCUGUUCCAAUCCAUGAAAAUUCCCUACACUGUUGUUGAACUUGACAAAACAGAAAAUGAGCCGGAGCUGAAAGCCGCCGUGUUGAGUCUAGCGAUGGAGCCCUCCCUGCCCGUGGUCUUCGUCCGGAAGGAGACCCUCGGAGGCUACGACAAGACCGCCAAGGCACACCGUGAAGGAAAGCUUCACAAAUUGCUUGAUGUGAAUGGCCGAGCAGAGGGAGCAUCUUAUGACUAUGAUCUGAUAGUCAUUGGAGGGGGUUCUGGCGGACUUGCAGCGUCCAAGGAAGCUGCCAAACUUGGCAAGAAGGUCAUGGUUCUAGAUUUUGUGGUCCCAACUCCCAUGGGAACAACAUGGGGACUUGGAGGAACUUGUGUGAAUGUAGGCUGCAUACCUAAAAAGCUCAUGCACCAGACAGCUUUGCUUGGGCAAGCCUUACGAGAUGCCCCUAAGUUUGGUUGGAAGUUGGACGACAAGGCCGUAAAGCACAGUUGGGAUACCAUGACGGAAGCAAUUCAGAAUUAUAUCGGCUCUUUGAAUUGGGGAUAUAGGGUAUCUCUUCGGGAGAAAAGCAUCACAUAUGAAAAUGCUUAUGGAGAAUUUGCUGGGCCACACAAAAUAAAGGCAACAAAUAAUAAAGGAAUAGAGGCAUUUUACACAGCAGAAAAGUUUCUGAUUGCCACUGGAGAAAGGCCUCGCUACCUGGAUAUUCCUGGAGACAAAGAAUACUGCAUCACUAGCGAUGAUCUUUUCUCCCUUCCCUAUUGCCCAGGGAAGACAUUGGUGGUUGGAGCUUCCUAUGUGGCCCUUGAGUGUGCCGGCUUCCUUGCAGGCCUUGGCUUAGAUGUGACGGUCAUGGUGCGCUCCAUUUUCUUGAGAGGCUUUGAUCAGGAUAUGGCAAACAAAGUAGGAGACUACAUGGAAGACCAUGGUAUCAAGUUCAUUAAAAAAUACGUGCCCAAGAAGAUUGAACAGAUCAAGAAAGGAACUCCUGGACUACUAAAAGUCACAGCUCAUGCUACAGAGGGUUCUGAGAUAUUUCAAGGGGAAUACAACACGGUAUUGUUGGCUAUAGGAAGGGAUGCCUGCACAAGAAAAAUUGGCUUGGAGAAAGUUGGAGUGAAGAUCAAUGAAAAAACUGGAAAAAUCCCCGUCAACGAUGUGGAGCAAACCAACGUGCCAUAUAUCUAUGCCAUUGGCGACGUGUUGGAAGGCAAACUAGAGCUCACCCCACUGGCAAUUCAGGCGGGUAGGCUGCUAGCACAGAGGCUUUAUGGUGGAUCUAAGAAAAAGUGUGAUUAUGUGAAUGUUCCCACCACAGUAUUCACACCUAUGGAAUAUGGUGCCUGUGGUUAUUCUGAAGAAAAAGCAAUAGAGAAAUAUGGAGUGAAAAAUAUUGAGGUUUACCAUAGUUACUUCUGGCCAUUGGAAUGGACUGUCCCAUCCCGAGACAACAACAGAUGCUAUGCGAAGGUCAUCUGUCUUAUUCCAGAGAAGCAACGUGUUAUUGGCUUCCAUGUGCUUGGUCCAAAUGCUGGAGAAGUCACCCAGGGAUUUGCAGCAGCCAUAAAAUGUGGCAUGACAAAGGAUCUACUGGAUAGUACAAUAGGAAUCCAUCCAGUCUGUGCUGAGAUAUUCACUACGCUGUCUGUGACCAAGCGCUCAGGGGAAAAUAUCCUCCAGAGCGGAUGCUGAGGUUAAAGCCACCCACUGUUGUCUGCCUUUGCCAGAGACUCGCUUUCAUCGCCUUUGUUGGCUGACUCUCAAAAGUCAGAGGGAAGAGCAGCUUAGGAAGUAAGAAACAGCAACAUCACUUAUCGACUUCCACUCUCUUCAGUAUAAGCCAGCUCCAUCAGUAGAGCAAAUGAAGAACUGGAAAAGUGAACUGACGAUGAUUUAAUGGCAAUUGGCACAACAGUGGGAAAAAACCCUUAUCAAGAUGAUGUUGGCAAGGCAUUGUUCAAGAUGCUUCCAUGAAGUCACAGUCUAAAACCAGUGCUUUCUGGUAGGCAGUGAUGGAAAGAUUGCUGGCACAACUUGAGACUUAACCCUUUUCUCCUCUCAAGAUGAAGAUAUUUCUCGCACCUCAUUAUGGGACCCCGGCAAGGCAUCCUCGAAAGAGAGGGCCGCACAUCAUCUGGAGCCUUGCACUCAACUUAUCCUACGGACGACUGCUUCUGUUCUUGUCAGAUAGUUUUAAAGAAGUGACACUCUUUCAUAUAUCCACCUUAUUUUACCCAGAGCAGUAGAAUAGUGUGGCUUCUCAGACUCCAAAAUCAAAGAACAAAUACUCCAGGCUCACUUUCAGAAACUGUAAGCUACGUUGUUGAGUCAGUUUCCAAGUGAAAUGUCUUCCCCCUUUGAGUAUAUAGAACCUUCUCUGAAUUAUUUAUAUAACAGAUUAGAAAGUAUACAUUAUUAUAUGUAUAUUUUGAAAUAUUAGAUAAAUAUUUUCUUGAAAAUGG